AUGGUUAAUAAAAUUUAUUAUUAUCUUGAUGAUAAUACUCCUUAUGUAUCAGAAUUUGAUAAACCACUGGAUGAGAUUACAUUAGGUGAUUUCAAAAGACAUUUUAAACGUAAAGGCUACCGUUAUUUUUAUAAAAAAGAAGACGAUGAUAUUCAAAAACCAGUUAAAGUUGAAUUAUUUGAUGAUACAACUAUAUUAUGCCCUUCUGGUAAAGGUCCAAUUGAAUUAUUUCUUAUACCAUGUACAGAAAAUGAACCUAUGCCAAUUCAGGAUAUGAGUCAUGCAACAUUAACAAGAAAAAAUGUUCAUAGAUUUUCUGGUUAUGGUAGUGAUUACUGGAAAAAGUCAUAUAAACCACAUCCAGAUAUACAAGGGACAUACUUAUCAUCAAUAACUGAUAUUGAUAAUUCUGGUGGUCAAAGAGUAUCUAUGGUUACAACAGAUUAUGAUACUUCAAUUGUAUAUAAUAAAUUAGGUAGAAAACUUCCUGUUGAUCAAUAUACAACUGAUAGUGAAUUUACUUUUCAAUCUGAGGAUGAUGAUAAUUAUAGAAAAAAAAGACAACAUAAGGGUGAAUAUCGUGAAAGAAAACCAAGGCAAAAUAAAAGAAAAAUAAAAACUGAAUCAGUUGUUUCACCAACAUUAAAUACUGAUCAUUCAUUUCUUGGAAUGAAAGUUGUUGGAAAUGAUGGUGGUAUAUUUGUAAGUGACAUUGAUAGAGGUGGUGCAGCAGAUUUUUGUGAAAAUUUAGAAAUUGGUGACCAAAUUAUACAAAUUGAUAAUAAAUCAUUUGAAGAUUUAACUGAAGAAGAAGCUGUAAAUUUAUUAAAAUAUUGUGUUAAAAAAAAGAAAAAUAUUAAAAUGUAUAUAUCAAAGAGAAAAAAAAGUUUUGGAAAUGAUACAACUAACUUUUUUGGUCUUGAUUCAACAACAUUACCAAUUGAUAUAUCAUGUUGGGUAGAAACAGCUAUCCAACGACAAAUGAGAGGUAUGGAUAGAACAUAUAUUGAAAAAGAUAUUGAAGAUUAUAAUCAAACUUUUCAACAAGAAAAUAUUCCACCAUCAAUAAAUGAUUUUUCAUGUAUAAAUACAUCAAUAAAUGAUGAAAAUUCAACAUCACAAUUAACAUGUUUUAUGGAUCCAUCAAUAAUUAUUCAUCGAAUGAUAAUGCCAAAUAAUGGUAUUGAAAUUAAAGAUAGAGUUUGGUUAAAAAUAACUGUUCCAUCAUGUAUUAUUGGUAAAGAUCUAGUUUGUUGGUUAAAAAAAAAUGUUCGUGGAUUAGAAAAUAAAAAAAAAUCAUAUUCAUAUGCUGCUUGGUUAUUGCAUCAAGGACAUAUUAGACAUAUGAUAGGCCAAAGAAAAUUCACAGAACAAAGUUAUUACAUUUUUAAUGAGUACUAUGCAAAACGUAUAGACAUAAAUGAAAUGAUUAAAAGUAAGAAUGAGUCUAAUACGGACAUAACAUAUUGUCGGACAUCAUCUAGUAAUACACAAGGGAAAAAUGAAAAUGACUUUAAAAAUUGUCAUAGUCGCAAUAACUUUUCUUCUGCCAUCACAAAUACAAGUGACUCAAAAGAAAAAACUAUUAAUUCAUCAAAUUCAGAAACAAAAAAAUUAGGAAAAUGCUCAACUGAAAUACCAGUCAAUAAUGAUUAUGCUUCAAUGCUCGAUAUGGAUGAGACAGAUAAUACUUUUCAUGACAAUUUGUAUCAAGUUGUCCCAGAUUAUAAAACAAAUGUAGAUCAUAUUGAUAAACAGCAACACCUAGUUUCAUCCUCAUAUGAAGGAACAAAAUUUAAAGUUUAA